ACAUGUUCUUUAAAAGGAAAAAAAAGUGCUGAUGUGAAUGUACCUGAGCUCUUUUGUCCUUAAUCCAACAAAGAGACCUCCUCUUAAAUCAACAAGAACACCCCUUCGGAUUACGCUGUAACAUUUACAAUGUGUAUUGUCGGUCAAAGCUCUGUUCACCUGUGCUACCGCUUCACAACACCAACCAUCUUUUCAACCUGCAACCAUGACCAAUCUGGAGACAGCCAUGGCCCUCCUGAUGAAGACCUUUGAUACCUACGCUGGUGCUGAGGGCCGCAAAGAUUCCCUAAGCAAGGCUGAGGUCAAGACUUUGCUGGAGAAGGAGAUGCCAGGACUGAUUCAGGGAGCCAAGAACCCAGCCGAGGUGGACAAGCUGAUCAAAGAUCUGGAUUUCAAUGGAGACUCUGAGGUGGACUUCAGGGAAUUUGUCGUGGUGGUGGCUGCUCUAACCUGCGCCUGCUACGACCGCUGUUCCAAGUGAGCUCUGUGACCACACCCCGAGGUGGGGAUCAACGGCCCCAACGAAGAGAUCAAGUCCCUGUGAUGACUGAUUUGUUUAACAACUGAAUUAAAGGAUUUACUCAACAUGGA